ACAGAACACUCUAGUUCGUAACAAAGUAAAGGGGCUUAUUUAACUCCAGCAUCAUGGCUAAAGAGGUCAAUUACAUGAUACGUGUAAAUCUUAAUAUUGCUAUAGUCUCGAUGGUGAAACGAACACACAAAAAUGUUUCAUUAACAAGUGAGUGUUUGGAAGAAACAUUCAUGUUCAAUAAUGUAAAUAUGACUGCACAAGUUACAUCAAAUGAUAAG